GGAGACAUUGUGAUCCAAUCACAAUGAAACAAGUCCGAUGACGUGGAAAUGUACGCCUGCGCCGUGUAGAUACGGAACUUUGGAACACCACCGUUACAAAAUGUGGACCAUGCAAACGUCCUGUGGGUGUCUGCUGCUGCUGCUGUGUACGGGAGCCUUAGCCGUGGAGGUUCAGCGUCCUCGCGGUGUCCCCUUAACAAAACUGCAGUUUUAUGAGGAGGGCAAACCCUUUACCUGCCUGGACGGAUCCCUCACCAUUCCCUAUGACAGAAUAAAUGAUGACUACUGUGACUGCCAAGAUGGCUCAGACGAGCCAGGCACUGCUGCUUGUCCCAAUGGCAGCUUCCAUUGCACCAAUGCAGGUUUCAGGCCAGCAUUCAUCCCUUCGUCCCGCAUCAAUGAUGGAAUCUGUGAUUGCUGUGACACUACAGAUGAAUACAACAGUGGAGCUGCCUGUCAGAACACAUGCAGGGAAUUGGGUCGCAAGGAGAGAGAGAGCCUGCAGAAGAUGGCAGAAAUUGCAAAGGAGGGCUUUAUGCUUAAGAAACAAUUGAUCCAAGAGGCUAAGCAAGGUCUUGAGGAAAAGAAGGCCAAAGUCGCAGAUAUCCAGAGUAGCAAGAAGGAACUGGAAGCCAAGGUGGAGGCUCUGAGGACAGUAAAGGAGACUGCAGAGCAGCCGGAAAAAGAAGCUAAAGAGCGUCAUCUGAAGGCCUGGGAAGAUCAAAAAGCAGCCAUUCGCAUGGAGAAAGACAAAGCUAAGAUGGCUGAGAUGUUCCUUGAACUUGAUGAUGAUGCAGAUGGCUUUGUCACAGUGGCUGAGCUUCUAUCCCACUCUGAGCUUGAUACAGAUUCAGAUGGAAUAUUCACAGAACUGGAGGCUCGGGAAGUGUUGGGCGGUGUGGAUAAAGUGGAUACAGUAGCAUUUGAGUCUGUUUGGGGUAAUAUCAAGGAAAAAUUUGUCUCUGAAUCUAACAGAGACAUCCCAGCAGCAGUGGAAACGCCACAAGAGGAACCAAAGGACACAGCCUCUGACGACUCGGAGCAGUACCCUGACGACGACAUACCAGAGGAUGAAGACGACGAAGACGAAGAUGAUGAGGACAUGGAUGAGGGAGACUACAAACCUCCUCCUGCAAAGACUCAAGAAAAGUCGGUUGAGGAUGAUGAGGGAACCAUGCCACCCUAUGACCAAGAAACACAGAGCCUCAUUGAUGCUGCUCAGAAAGCCAGAGAUGAAUUUGAUGCUGCCGAGCGAAGUCUACGAGAGGUGGAUGACCAGAUCAGGAACCUUGAGAAGGAAAUCUCCUUUGACUUUGGACCCAACGCUGAAUUUUCUUACCUCUACAGCCAGUGCUAUGAGCUGACUACUAGCGAGUAUAUCUACAGGCUUUGCCCAUUCAACAAAGUUGCCCAGAAACCCAAAUAUGGAGGAUCAGAAACAAACUUAGGAACAUGGGGGUCAUGGGCAGGUCCUGAGGACAACAUCUACUCUGUGAUGAAGUAUGAACAUGGAACGGGGUGCUGGCAAGGCCCCAACAGAUCCACCACUGUGAAGCUAACAUGUGGGAAGGAAACUGUUGUGACAUCUACCUCAGAGCCCAGUCGCUGCGAGUACCUCAUGGAGUUCAUCAGCCCUGCUGUGUGUCAGGAGCCCCCGAGCCUGGAUCCAGGGCUGCAGAUGCACGAAGAGCUUUAAGCGCCCAUGAUUUGAUGCCUUUGAGGGACCACAGUUAGUGCGGCAUUAUAAGGAGCCCUUCCCAUGAGCAGCAUCACUGUGUUGUCAUUUGAGAUGAAUUUAUUGGAAUUCCAUUGAGAAGUUAACUGUAGUAUGAUCAGCACUUCCCUCUUCCACUGAAACCCCAUUUUCUUGUUUCAUUGUUUUGUUUCACUUGUAGCGCCAUUCCAUUUCUUUUCAAAUAAAUAAAAUGUACUUUUGACCAUAUUUCAAACUUGUGGCAGUCCUUACUAGCCUUUCUGUCUUAAUUCUAAUGCAUAUAUGCUUAAAAUGUUGGACACAUCUUCUAUUCUUACACUUAGUGGACAGGUGAGACAGGUUUUGUCCAUGAGUAAAGGGCAGAACUUGUGUUCCAUGCAGUUAUCUUAUUAUAAAAGCAUGAAUGCUAUCCUAAACUAUCAGUUACUUUGAACACAUGGUUGGUAAGCGGUACUCUCUAUGCAUGAUUGUUCAUAACAUUCAGCAUUUAUCGCUUUGACAGUCAAUGAAAAUCAGGGCACUCAUAUUUGUAACUUUUAUUUUUUCUGGCAUGUAAAGUACAAAUAAUUAAACAAUUCCAUGAAAAAGUCUUCAAGCGUCUUCAGCUGAAAUCCCAGUAAUAAAUAUCCUAGUCUAAACUGAAAGGUUUUUUUUUUUUGUUAAAUUUUGACAUUGUUCAUUUGGUCGUGUUUGGAAGUAUGAGAUUUUGUCAUUUUUCUGUUGAUAUUUGUAUCGACAGAACAGUUUGAUCAUUUUCACCUUUGAUUUGUUUUACCAUUCCAGGAAAAUGUAAGAAAAACAUCACUAAGUUACUGCGUCCCCUCUUCUAAAUAAAUAGACACAAAAUACAGUUGAGAAACAGAAGGACCACUCACCCCUUGACUACUCUAGAGACUCCCAAGAACACCUUCCUGCAGCUUUUCAGAGCUCAGCAGUAUUUUAUCAGAACCCCUUGUAGGGUUUCCAAAUAUACACAAGAAUGCCUUUUUUAAUCUUUUUUUUUUUCAAUA